AGAAGCCAAGCUAUCAACUGCAGCAGGAUCAGCACCGAAAGUAAAAGAGCUCUGGUUUUUUUUGGGGUUGAAGGCAAUAGUUUUAGCUUCCUCAGGCUUAUAUUCGAAAAUGUUACGUGGAGGGGGAGCACUGGAGCGCACGGAAGGUACGUGUUCAGCGACAGCGUCUUCACCAGAAAGCGAGAAAGACGAAUGCGGCUUGAUGCCCUUCACAGACGGAGUUUCAACAGGUGCUUCUUCAAAUUUGAGGCUGCUUUCAUACUUCUUAGGGUUGUAGGCAACAUUGCGCUUCUUCUCCUCCUUGGGCUGGUAGGUAAAUAUAUUUCUUGCCUCAGGUCCAAGUUUGCGGGGAGCGGAGCGCUCAGGUUCAGGUUCAGCGUCGGCACCCCCAAAGACACGGCCAGGCACUAAAGACCAUUUUAAUUAAAUUAAGCCCUGCAUAAAUGACACAAACCUCCAUAUUAUCAGCCACCAUUGAACUUACGAA